AUGGCGACAAAAGGAUCCGAAGCAGCUUCAAACGAGCAUCCUACCUAUCAAAACCCUGACGGAACCAAUGGUCAUGAUUUCGGUCGUCAGAUUUCGGUCACUCUGACCCCGCAGCAGUUCGAAGAACUGUACCUCCAACCCUCGAUCAAGUCCCGUGGUCAAAUGGGCCUGGUCAAAACGCUCGGCAACCCUACAGCCCUCGGCAUCGUCUCAUUCCUUCUCAUCUUUGCCCCCACCUCAUGUUGUCUCAUGGGCUGGCGAGGUGCAACCUCCAAUUCGCUCCUCGCUCUUAUCGGCGCAUACUACUUCAUGGGCGGUAUGGCACUCUACGUAGCCGGAAUCCUCGAAUUCAUCAUUGGCAACACCUUCCCCGCCCUCGUAUUCACCUCCUUUGGCACCUUCUGGCUCACCCUAGGCGGCUAUCUAGACCCUAGAUUCGCGGUUCAAUCUACCCUUCUCACCGCUCAAGGUGGCUCUCCAGAAGUAUACUACGUUCCUUUUGGGUUCUACCUUGUCUUCUGGGCCGUCUACACCUAUUUCCUCACCUUCGCCGCGUUCAGGACUAAUGUUGUAUUGGUGUGGAUUCUGCUCUUUGUUGCGCUCGCAUUUAGUACAUUGGGUGCCGCGUAUCUCAAGUUUGGAGAGGGAGCAAACGCUAUGGCGGGUAACCUGGUUACUGCGGCUGGUGCCUGCGGUUUUACUGCUUGCAUGGGCGGGUUUUAUAUUCUACUGCACCUGUGCUUGGCUGCGACGGACUUCCCUUUCAACAUCCCUCUGUUCGAUCUUGCGCACUUGUGGGGCAAUAAGCAGCAGUGA